CGGAAAUGUGAAGGAAGAAGAGGGAAUUUCAGUUUGUGUGACUUGCCUUGCUAAACGUGUGUUGUUGUUGUCUGAAAAUGUGAAAACUGAGUGGACGUAGCUGACCUUUGCUGUGUGAAGACCGACAAUAGUUUGGCGUUUUUCCUGAACGUCUCACACGUCUCCUUCUUAGCUCUUAAAUAACUUCACCUAGAUAAGAAGAAGCCCCAUGUUUCUGUGGCUGCCAGUGAUCCAGCUACAGCAAAAUGACUGAGCCUUUGCUAGAUGUCCAGGAGAAGCAGUUCUGGCUGGAAAAAGUGAUGGCAUGGGGCCAAGCUGACAGUUCAGACUCUCAGAAGGACAUCAGUCUGCACCUGAGAAGACUAAGCAGUUACCUCCAGCAACUGCUGACACACAUCAACAACAUGAGCUCCACAACAGAAUCCAUGAAGAGGCUGCCCUUCCUAGGCCAGUUUCUUGGCCGACUGUGUUGGAACGCUUAUGUUACUGCUGAUGAUACAAGCAGAGGGUUGCUGUUCCAGUGUCUGUGGGGACUGUACUCACAGCAUCCAAGUAAUGCUUUGGAAACAAAAGCCAACCAGUGGAUACGGAAUGUGUUACGUCAACUUGCCACAGAAGAAGACGAUGCUGUGGCACAGGCGUUGAUGAAGCAUUUGGGUGUACCGUCUAAAGAGUAUCAUCUCAAAGUCCUGAGAAAGAUGGUAGCAUUGCUGCAGGAAAAGGUUGGAAAGAGCUGCAGCGCUCUGGGUGACAUAAAUCAUAGGUGUUCAUGUGACAGCAUUCUGGCUACAUCAGAGGCAUGUGUCCCUCUGGUUACAUGUCCAGAGGCGGGUCCUCUCAUUGGUUUACUGCUGCAGCAGCCAGGGACUUGUGUCAAAGCAGCUCUCAGUGAAAAUUUCCUGGAUGCCCUUACCUCUGCCUACUCAAGCCAUGGUUUGUUAUUGGAAGAGCAGGCAGUCGUCUCUUUGUGGUGCCACAGUCUGUCUAGCCUGGAAGAGGCGGUGCUGAGUCUGCUGCAGUCUGUUCUUACCAACACGGGGUCAACACAACACAAGCUGGAGCAGCAGGUAUCACAGUCACUGCUGCCUAAAGCCUGUGCUCAGCAUUACUCAAUAUUUUUGGUUGUAAAUGACAUCUUCAGGUCCACCCUUAAACAUGCUGAGGGAAACGAGUGUGUUAAGUCUCUUAUACAAACCUUUACCUGCUGUUUCCUAAAGGAAAAGGCACUACUACAGCCUCAGAUGUGUGUACCUUUGAAGGUUUUCUUCCCACAGACUCCUCGGAGUCUGUUGAUUCCUCUGUUGACCCUGCCAUCAGAGAUGCCUCAGGAGGCUUGGCAACAUCACCUGAACUGGCUCAGCAGCUCAUUACAGAGACUGACUGAGGAAGAAGAGGAGGGAGACGAAAACGGCAGCAAUAGCACCAGUAGGGGGCACCAUAAAGUGUUUGAGUCCUGGUUCCUGCUGGUUCAGUGUGGCCACUGGGUGCAAGUGGCUGUUCAGCUACUGGGGACAAAAGGACUUGAGAACUGUGGCCCGCUUCUGUGGUUGCUCACCUUCUACUACCACCCAACCAACAGGGGGCACCAAAGAGCUGUACAGCUGGUGCGUACCAAAGAGGCGUGGAACCACCUCCGCUCUCUUCUCUCAGCAUCUGCUCAUCCACCCUCUGUCGACCUCCUGCAGCCAUUGGUCACUCUGCUGUCACCACAACCUCAGCAGCCAUCAGCGUCUCCUCUAUCCAUCCUCAGCCUCCUCGUGAACGUUGCCGUUUUUUCCCAGCAGCCACUGAGCGAGUCAACACACAUUUUACAGACGGUGGUGGAUCGGUCUGGUCUGCUUCAAGAGGCGGCGUAUGUUCUCAGCUCACUGGAGCUCAGACUAAACGCAGGAAGCUGCUCAUCGAGCAACACUAACAGAGUUCAUGUCAGGAUCAAGGCACUGCAGAACACUCUGACACAUAUGAAUGCAGCAUGGUCCAUGGAGCCCUGCUGUGAACCAGACGCACACACACUGUAAAGGAGUACUUGUGGUGUAGCUCCAUGGGGAGGAGAAGAGAGGAGGUGAAGAGUGAUGACAUGAGAUCUGCAGCCACAGACAGAUAGGCGCUACGUCUGUGUGUGUGUGUGUGUGUGUGUGUGUGUGUGUGAGAGCGAUUUAUCAGGACUGAGCCAGAUGCUGAGCACUUGUCGAGAAAGCCUUUAACAUCCUGUGCAAACGCAUAAAGCUCUCUGUCUGUCUGUCUGUCUGUCUGUCUGUCUCUUUCUCUGUGUGUGUGUGUGUGUGUUUGCGUCUGAAGAUAAAAGGCUGUCUUGUAGUGACUUGGUCGCGGCCUAAAAAAGGAUUUAGCGCUGUAAGUCGCUCAGGUUGAUCUGUUUUGGUGAAGUGUUCAGCCGCUCGACGCCGACCGAGCUCACAGACGCCUCGUCUGACCUCAUACUCGCUGAAUUGUGUGAACGCGUGAGAUGAUAACACAGCUUAACAACAAGUUAAGGUCAGGUGACUCUCUUUAUACAUUCAUUUCAGUUUGUGAUUGGUCACUAUUUCAUCACUGAGCGUUUUGAUCUUUGUGGCUUUCGGGUCAGUUGGACAAGAGAAAUAUGAAGAUUAGAUGUUUUACUUUAUAGAAAUAUCUAAAAUGAAGAAAGUUUUAAAGUAAAUUUUAAGAUAAAAUUGGACAAACUACUACUACUCUCCUACUAUGUUUAACAGCCUUUUAAGAACAGUCAGGUUACUUGCCUCACUAUACGCACAUUUUUGAGCCAGGAUUUAUAUAAUUGACUGUUCACAUUUCUUAAAGUGUAGUGUCAGAUAUUCCAGCUUUGUUAUGAAAAGAUCAGCAGCUUCAAAGAGACCUGUCUUCACUCCAGUCCUCCCUUCCGCUCUCUCUCUUCCUCCCCUCUCUGUCAUUCUGUCUCGAAGCCAUAAAUUUAUCUCUUCCUUCCAUUUAGUCUGAAACCAAUAAACCCCCCCCCCCCCCACACUGUUCACCCAAAAGCCCGCCGGUUGACAGUCGUGGUCAUGCAAACACACACGGGAGGAAUUUCAAGGUCAUGGGUGUAAAAAAGAAAUCACCCCACAUGGAGCAGAGUCUGUCCUGAGCCCCCCCCACCUCACCACCCCACAUCCUCAUACACACACACACACACACAACCAGAAAAUGCUUGCUGACCCGUUCUCUGUCUCUUUUUCUUUCGUUUGUUUGAGGAACACAUUCCUGAAUUCCUUCUCUGACAAACACAUCCUGACGGCGCUGCUGUGAAACCGCGGAAAAGGCCCCAUUCUGAGUCUAACACACCCACACACACACACACACACAUAGACACAAACUCAGUGGGAUCAGGAAGGAAUGUGCAGUAUAGGUAGCCAAGUGGACUAGAGUGUGGACUGUCUGCGGCGGCAGAUGGAAUCAGGAUCAAUCCACCGCAAACUUUCCUUUUACAGGAGCCAUUUUAGAUGAAAGGGUAGGAUUAUGAGCUAUAAAUAUUGACUUUUUAAAUGAAAAAAAACAACAACUGCAAAAUGACAAUAACUACAUCGGUAUCAUUUGAUAAGUUGUCUCUAAAGGAUCAA